GGGGGUGGAGGAGGGGUGUUGGACGGGGGAGGAGGGAAUGGAGGAGGAGGAGGCGCUCAGCAAGACCAGCACCCUCUUCCGCGAGGAGGGGAAGGGGGGGGACCUCAGCAGGGAGAGGGAGGGGAAGGGAUCGGACAGACCUUCCCCGUCUUUUCGGGGCAAGGCUUCAUCUUUCCUUGCACCGAGGACUCUCUUCGGCAUUUUCGAAGCCGCCUCCCCUGUUGCCUACAAUUUGGAGCGGACCAGCACCAGUACCAUGUACCCCUUGCAGGUCCGCAUCCGCUGCCUGUUGGAAGCCCCCCCGCUCACGGAAUCCGACCCGGACGUUCGAUCUAUUCUGGGCCCGCUCCCCGCUUCGAGCCCGCUCGGUCGCGCCGGUCCCUUGAGUGAGAACCAGACACAACGCCUCGCUACGUUGCUCGCCAGCCGUGCCAAGGCCCUCCCUCUCUUCCUCCCCCCCUCCACUCCGACCUUCCUCUCCUCCUACUCCUCGUCCUCGUCCUCGUCCUCCUUCCUCCCGCUUCUACGGGGGCCGAGCGGGAAGGAGGGAGGACGAGAGCGGGGGUUGUCCCUAGAGAGCACAGGGUCGACGAGUGCGUCCACGAGCCUGGCGUCGACCGAGUCAAACAGCCCGGGCGCGGGGUAUCGGAGUCUUCCCCCCCUGGCCACCAUGCACCUCCAGCAAAAGCAGCAGCAGCAGCAGCAGCAGAAGCAACAGCUGCAGCAGCAGCAGAGUCGCCUUUUGCUGGGAGGCAUCGGGGGCAGGGGCCUGCUCAACGGGUCCUCGUCCACCACCAGCAGUAGCAGUAGCAGCAGCAUCGUGUCCUCAAUGAGCGGGACUUCGACAGGGGCGGUCGUGAACAAGGGCUUUCUAGAAGGUCUUUCCCCCCCGCGGAGGCUGGGGCUUUCUCCCUCGCUGUCCCAUCUAUCCGUUGGUUCUCAGCACCACCACCACCACCAGCAACAGCAGCAGCAACAGCAGCAGCAAUCAUCUCAACGACAGCAGAUCUCACAGCACGCGCAUAUGCAGCAGCAAGAUCAAGAUACGCAACAGCAGCUGCUGGCACGACCUGGGGAACAAGGUGUGCUCGGAAAUAGCCCGAGCAGCGCGCUGCACUUGCCUCCGUUCGGUGGAGGAAUCCCGCCCAGGAUUCAGCUACCAGCGUCCUGGCGACCUUUGUAGACUCGAGGUUUCGCGAGGGCAGAAUGGUAGACAAGGAAGCGAAAAUAUUAGGGAAAGACACAAAAAUGUGGGGAAAUUGGAAUGAAAUGGGUCACGGAUGAGCCUCGUCACGGACCGGCUUACAGCAUAGAGGCAUGUUCGACGCGGACUGUCCUCACCUUAUGCAUGGUCUCCGAUGAACGUGUUGAUACUACCAUCAAGAGCCCGCAACGAUGGCAGGGAGGGGAGCUGUGAUCCAUAGCUGGAGAUGAGCCAAAAGUGGGAGCGGUAGGCCUUCCAAGUAAUGCUCGAGUAAGACGCAUCAAAGAUUUUCGACCUCUGACGAACUAGUGACUUUUGUGCGUGCAUGGGGAUGCUAAAUCCCAUUUAAUAUCUUGAUGGACAGGUCUCCUCACUCCAACUUUUUCCUUGUUAGGAGGUCGAGGCAGAAAGGAGAGACAAGGAAGGCGGGAAAAGAACCGAAGGAAGAAAAGUGAAUCUAUCUAUUUCUACAUGACAGCGAGUAACGUAAGAAUAGUACCAGCGAAAGGACUAUAUAAGUGUACAUGCAGUCAACUGACUUAGGUUUUAGAAAAGCCGCAAGAGCGUGGAGAAGGGUGGCGGAAGCAAAGGGGAAGGACGUGAGACAAGGAUCAAGGUCACGGUCUACAUUUAUUGAAAGACUGCGAUUUCCUGGAUUUCUAAGGAAAUAAGACGAAUUUGAAAGGAGGCUCAAAAUACAGGAGAAGGGUAAUGAUGAUUUAAAACGUUUAUCAAUUUUGCAAGCAGGGUCGGGCGUUUGGAUGGUCGGAAACAGCCCAGGCAUCAGACGGCUAUACGAGGGACAAAGCAAAUAAGAUAGUAGAUUUGCGUAAUCCGCUGUCGUUGUGGCAGAAGAACUGCAGCGGCGUGAAUGUGGGCGGUGCAAGAAUUUAAGUCGUUUGGAUUGAUGUUGAAAGAAGUCUCAACCUUAAAAAUGUGGACUUGACAGAGGGAGACCUAGACAACGGAGGAUCAGAAAAGGGGCUCGUCUGGGUUACAAGGAUUGAGAAAGAGAAAGUGGAAGAGUGGAGAGAGCAGAGAUAAUUGUGCUGCAAAGAAGAUGCCUCUUAAAACCUAGAUGACAUAAUAUAUGGAACGGAAGGGAAACAAUACAGCAACCUUUCACCACACUUUCACCGGGACCAGAAUAAAUUCAUGACAAGCAAUCAUAGUAACGACUACUGAUGCAGCGAUUAGAGGAGCAAAUGGGUAGCUUGAAUGCGUCUCGUGGCAGAGUAAUAUGAAACCAUUAAUGAGCCCGUCAAUCAGGAACUAGAAAGAGCAAAGAGAGGCCCGCGACUGAAGUCGGUCCGGACGGAGGGCGAAUGACGGUAUGAAUAAUGUGACGAGUAAAUGGUAGCAUGGGGAAACAAAAUAUAUUCAUCAUGACUAUGCAAACAACUAAGAAGCAGGGUUUUACCCGUAAAGGUGUGUGUCGUUCUUUCUCUUGGGCGAGGAAAGAGGCGGAGAUGGAAUUUGUAGGACAUCUACUCCGGAAGGCAUGCGAACCGCAAAGACAUAUAAUUUCACCAUCUCUCUCAACGAAAAAGAAAACUACAUUCAAAAUC